AUGGAUAUAUUAAUUGAUUUCCGGAAGUUACUUUUGACAGGCAAAAAGUCAGGCGUUCAUAAUGUAAUAGAGUAUAUAGAGAAAAAUCUUAUCAAUGCCGAAUAUUCCAAAUUUAUUGUCACCGAAGUACUUCAUGUUUCAACCAUUCGUCCAUUUUUCACAGAAUUUUUAGCAGAAAUUAUCAUUGAAGCAUCAAAAAUCCCAUAUUUAUUAACAUUGAAAACAGAUUUACUAAAUUAUGUCGAAUACAUUCAUGGCCCACUAAUAAGAAUGCUUUAUGACAGAAAAUACUACUCUCUUGAUGACUUACAAGUUUUAUUUUCCUCAAAAAAGGAAUUAACUGCGUUUUUUGCUCCAGAAUUACAUUUCACACUUGAAGAUUUCCAAUCAAUACCACAAUUACAAGGUUUGAGCGGUAGUUUUUCACAACUAGAGAACAAUGAAUGGGAAAUGUUCAAAGAAAUGAUUAAUUUAGGAUAUGUCCAGAAUACGAUUGGUUUUGCCAUGAAAUACGAUGACCCAUCCUUAAUAUCCGAAUUUAUUCUCAAUGAUUUCGAUAUAAAAGGUAGUACCGGUCCUUCUCUUCAUGAAACUCUUGGAGGCUUCAAUUUGACAUUAAUAAAUGCAGCUGCUUUAUAUGCUUCUCCAAAUUGCUUCAAAGAAUUGAUAAUGAAUGGCGUAGAACUUAAAGAAGAGACUUGUGAAUAUGCGGUUCUCGGAGGAGACAAAGAAAUCAUCAAUACAUGUUUAAAGAAGUUCCCAAAGAGCAAAAAGUUUAUUCCUGCUGCAAUCAAAGGAAAUCAAAAUAAUAUUUUGAUUGAACUUGUCAACAACGGCUUUUCUGUUAGUACAAAUGUAUAUUUCAUCAUUGAAGCUCACAAUUAUUUCGCUUUGGAUUAUCUUUUGAACAAAAAAUUAGUUGAUCCAGAUUCUCGUUCAAUUCAAAUGAGUAAUAAGCUUGCUGAACAGAAUAAUAACUUUGAGCUGUUUGGAGUUUUGAAGAAACUAACUGCUCUUCCAAAACUAAAAUCAAAAUAG